AUGAGACUUCUAACUUCAAUUGACAUUAAAACAGAAAAAGAAAUUCUCAGCCACGCAAAUCCCGCAGAGGAGUCGCAGCCGCCUAUCAAACACGCUGCUAUCCUGGAAUAUCUGACAGCGGAGGUUUUGGAACUGGCAGGAAACGCUAGCAAAGAUCUGCGAGUGAAACGUAUUACACCCAGACAUCUGCAGCUGGCCAUUCGCGGAGACGAACAACUGGAUUCGCUCAUUAAGGCGACCAUCGCGGGCGGAGGUGUCAUUCCUCACAUUCACAAAUCGCUCAUAGGGAAGAAGGGAUCCCAAGGAAAGAUGUAA